CGGCAUGGAGGAACCCUUCAGGAGCCCGCCGGGGCUGUCCGCCAUCUUGGCCAGGACGGACUGGUCCGAGCCCUGGCUGCUGGGGCUGGGGGUUUUCCAUGUUCUUUGCUUCCUCCUGACGUGCAUCUCUUUCCAGCACUACCGGGUGCAAAUAGGGCACUUCCUCUGCAUGGUGGGCUUAGUGUACUGCGCUGAAUAUAUAAAUGAGUUAGCAGCCAUGAAUUGGAGGCUGUUUUCUAAAUACCAAUACUUUGAUUCAAGAGGAAUGUUUAUUUCACUUAUAUUUUCAGCACCACUGCUGGUGAAUACUAUUAUAAUUGUGGUCAACUGGGUUUACAGAACUUUGAAUGUAAUGACUGAACUAAAGACUUUACAGCAGCGAAUGAAAGCAGAAAAAGACAAAAAGAAGUGAAAGUGCCUCACGCCUUUUUUUUUUUUUUUUUUUUCCAUAGUAAUAAUACUUAUCCAGGUAAUUGGUCCUUCUGUAUGUUUGUCCAG